AUGUUGAGGUUGGUGGCUGCGCACAUUGACCACGCCCAUAUUUCAGAAAUGAGCGAAUGCGCCGCGUGUGCUCGACCGAUUUUAGACAGGUGCGUUUUUAAUUGAAAAAAACAUUGUGAUACAACUGAAAUUAUUUAUUCAUUUUCACAUUUUCACAAAUCAGAUUCCAGAGUUCAGUUGUUUCGAUUUUCUAGAUGUUUUUUGCUGGGAAAGUUUUAUCCAAAUCAAACUGAUAUUUUUUUUUAUUUUUCAUUAUUACCCAAAAACUUACAGUCAGUGAAAAAAAUAAAAUUAGAAUCGGGAAUUUAGUUGUUUCAGAUAGACGUAGGCUUAGGUUCACGUGUAAUUUCAGACGUGACCUAUAUUUUACAUUUUCACAGGGUGUAAUUUACUAUCCAAAAUCUCUAGGCUUCAAAGUUUUCAAGAAAUUUUCUGGUAGAUCAAAAAUAUUUUGCUCUAAAUCUCUCAAUUUUGCGUUACACCCUGUGAUUUUCCAAAAAAAAAAAUCAAUUUCACUCAAUUCCAGAUAUGUAUUCACAGUUUUGGGUAAAUGUUGGCAUCAAGAAUGUCUUCGAUGCUCAGAUUGUGCAGCUCCAAUGACAAUGACAUGUUUUAGUCGCGACGGUCUGAUUUUGUGCAAAAAUGACUUUUCGAGGUUUGUUUUCCUUUGUCUUUUGUUAUUGAAAAAUAUAUGGGAUUUUUCCCACGAAUCGAACACUGAUUAGUUAGUUACUAACAAAAAUCGAGUAAAUAAAUAAUCUGGCGGAAUAUAGUUUUUGAUUUUUUGUUUCAGAAGAUAUGGUCAAAGAUGUGCUGGUUGUGAUGGAAAUUUGGAUAAAGAAGAAUUAGUUAGACGAGCAAGAGAUAAAGUAUUUCAUAUUCAAUGUUUUCAAUGUUCAGUUUGUCAAAGACUUUUAGCAACUGGAGAUCAGGUAAAUCAACAAAAUAUUGAAUAUAUUAAGAAAAAUGAGAAAAUAGUAGUAUCUUGGGAAUAAAUGUUGAAAAAAUGUCAGUCUUCAAAAUGUGUCAUUUGCACCUGCAUCCUAAACCGAAUAAAAUCAGCAUUUUCUCAAGAGUGGCCCAUUUUUCGGAUGGUUGAUUUUUGAAUAUCUGUUUUUGUCACUUCUUAUUCAAGUAUCAAAACAAUAUAUGAAUAAUCUGAUUGUAAGGAGAAAAUGUUUAGAAGAAAACUACAGUAAUUUUGUUGCAAAAUUUUUGAAUCAAUAUAUAUUCAAAAGUUUGGAUUAGAAAAUCUGAAAUUGAACGGGACAAAUAAAUAGCUUCAAGAACUUUUAUUUUAAUCCAAACAAAGUUAUUCCAAAUAAUUUCCCAAUUAAUUUUUAAACCAAAUUCGGUGAAAAUGUGAGAAAAAUUCCUUGAGAAACUGAUCUAAAUUUGUUUUAUAUUUUUUCCAGAAGAAAGUUUUUGUUAAUUUUUCAAAGCUAAUUUUGUAUAGUCUUGGUUUCGGAUCCGAAAUUCAAAUUCCUCAAUAAAAUUAUGCCUUCUCUGAAUUUCUUGUUUUUAAAAAUACCCGGAAAAUUUUUUGAAAAGCUUGUGUGAAAUUGUUCAUUUUGGAAGACUGACUUUUUGUCAGAUAAAAUUAUUUUUUUUUAACUAAUUAGAGAAAAAAUUUAUGCUCUGUGAUUUCCAGUCAUCUUUUCACUAUUUUCUAAACUAUCAUCUUCAUAAGUUCUUUACCUAAACAAUAAGUAAAAGAGUCAAAUUUCGGUCAUAGUUCCAUUUUUGUUCCCAAGAGAGCGCCGGCUGUUAUAAUCAUCUUUUCCCUAUUUUCCUCCUGCACAUUCAAUAACCUAUUAUACUUUAUAAUUGGAUUAUUCACUCCCUUUUUACAUCCAAACAUUUAUACAACAAAAAUUCCCAAGAGACAGAAAAUGUUCAAUAAAAUACAAUGAUAUAACAUAUUUAUUUCAGCUUUAUAUCCUCGAAGGAAAUCGAUUCGUAUGUCAAACUGAUUUUCAAAAUGCCACAAAAACAUCAACACCAACAUCUUCACAUCGACCAUGUGAGUUGAAUAUGACACCCUCACAACCCCAUUCUCCCACCAUAUGCGCGAAUUCCCCUAUUAAUUUCCUUUUGUGUUUUGUGGCGAGAGAACCAGCCGGCUCUAAUCCUUUCCGUUUAGGAGUUUUUAUUUUAUGAUGAUAGUGGUUUUGAGCAUCUGUCACCAUAAAAAAGACAAAAGAAAACACAUCGGUUUAACACAAAUACGAAUAUAGAUAAUCCAAUAUUUAUUUACAGUAUCAAAUGGAUCGGAUUGUGCUUCGGAUAUUGAAGAAGACACUAUUUGUGAUGAGGUAUACUAAAUAUGAAGAGAGAAUCUUUUUGGAAUCACUAAGAGAUGGCUUUGAGUUACGUGAAACUUUUUGAGUUUCAAUUUCUGUCUAUUACAGAAUUAUCGAUAUUAUAAUCAUGCCGACCAAAAUAUCACGGUUUCAGGAUAACAAUUUAAAAGUUUAUUACAACUUUAAAUUACUAUCGCAUAACUCGGAACAUAUAUGACAACAGAAAGAUCUAUAAUUUUCUAUUUUAGAUCUUAAAACAUUCCUUACAUUAGUGAUUCCAAAAAUGAUUCUCCUAAAAAUGUCCUUUUUCGAUCUCAUUCCAAUCUAUUUUUCCAGUUCCAAGUUGAUGAAAUCGAUGGUGAUAUGAUGGGAAAAGAUAAUUCAGAUGAUUCGAAUUCAGCAAAACGACGUGGACCAAGAACAACAAUAAAAGCAAAACAAUUGGAAACGUUGAAAAGUGCAUUUGCUGCAACUCCAAAACCAACUCGACAUAUUCGAGAACAACUUGCACAAGAAACUGGAUUAAAUAUGAGAGUUAUACAGGUAUUUUAGUUAUAUUUACAGGCUACUUGCAUUUGUUUUUGUCUUUUCUUUCUAAUCUCCAAUUCACCUGUGCCCAUUUUCUCUCUUUUCUUUUUCCUCUUCUUUUUUUCCUUCUUCGGCGAAAUUCAAUUACCGUAAUCCGGGUGUAAAUAACUAAAAGAAAAAGAGAUGAAAAAGAGAAGAGAGAAAAAAAGAAGAAAAAGAAAAAGGAGGUAUACGGUAGGAUGUGCGCUUCUCUUUUUUCGAUUCGUAGAAUAACAUUGGAAAUGAGAAACAAAGGGUUUAAUAUUAUGAUCAAAAAAUGAAAAUAUUAUAGGUUUGGUUUCAAAAUCGAAGAAGUAAAGAAAGAAGAAUGAAACAAUUAAGAUUUGGAGGAUAUAGACAAUCAAGAAGACAAAGAAGAGAUGAUAUUGUUGAUAUGUUUCCAAAUGGUUAGUUUUGAGAACGAAAUUGAAUUUGAUUUUAAAAAAUAAAAAAAAAUGGCGGAAGAGCCACCUAAAUAUUCUAAUAAUAAAAAACAUGGAAAAUAAGGGACUGUGUAUUUUCUAAAAUUCUAUGACAUUUUUUUUGAAUUUGGUUUUGUAUGUCUUCGAUACUGAAUUAGAGGAGGCAAGAAGUUUGUUGAAAUUUUCAUUCUAGUUUUUUUUAAUGGUUACAGUAAGAUUUUUUGAAUGUACUAAAACGAGUAGCUUUAUCCAAAUUGUUUUCUUGUUUUGUGUUUGACUUCUUCUAAUACUAAAUUAACCGAUUAUCCUCGAUUGCGCAAUUUCAAUCAUUAUCGUCCGGCAGGUGGACCAAAAAGAGAGGAAAAGAGGAAUACUCGUUUUUUGGAAUAAAGUCAAUCCAAGGAUUAUCCUUCUUGCAUAAUAUUAUAGAAAAAAGGGGAAAAUAAAAGAGCACUCGAAAAAAUAAGGCACCAAUUUUAAUUUUUCAAAAACUAAUUAAUUUUUUUUCAGAAUCUCCAUAUUUUCCACCAUCAAAUGUUGUUCCACCAUUUUUCAUUGAUCCAUAUUCAAGUCCACCAAAUGGCGAAAAUGGUGGAUUGGCUCCUCCGCCAUCUUUUGGUGUUGCUCCAAAUGAAACUAUUCCAAUUGCACAUGAUAGUUUUGUUGAGCCAUCAUCGACUCCGCCAGAUUUCGAAAAUGAAAUAUCCUCAAAUUUUGCAUGUAUUUAUUCAAAUGAUUUGAAUAAGCCAACUCCAAUUUCGUGGUAA